ACAGGCAGGCAGAGUGUAAAAUGGCGCACAGCUGUCGGUGGCGGUUCCCCGCUCGGCCCGGAGGGAGCAGCAACUUAGGUACCGGGAGGAGAGCGGGCCGAAUCCGGGUCACAGCCUCCAUCCGAAGUGGCACGGGGACACACCCGAACACGACUGGGCUCGGGCCCGGCUUUGAUGCUGCGUUACAGGUCUCCUCUGUUAUCGGUUGCAACCUGCAGACAUUUCGGGAUGUUUUGGGGGAGACGAGUGGUUCAAGCAGCGGGGAGGAAGAAACAUUUGGAGGGUUUGGUACAGCCACAGAGCACAGGAGAAUACAGAGUCCUCCAAGGACAUUGGAAGUUUAUCCCACACCACAGAAGAAGCCCAGAGGUCGACCCCCGCGGGCCCUGACUGCACAGAGAGGGGCCACCGGCACCCCACCCUCGUCCUUCUCUCCUGCUCAUGGGAAACCCGAGGGCCUGGUACGGCCUGUGGAGAAGGCAAAGCGGCUACCUGGGAGGCCGCCUGGCUCCGGAGAGAAGAGGAGGGGACGUCCUCCAGCCUCUGGCACCCAGAAGAGUUGGCAGCCCGGUAGUCAUGCAGCCAACGACAAUGACAGCGAGCAGGUGGGGCCGGAGCUCUGCCCCACAGCUGCUCACCGCAAGGACAUGGCCGAGGAGGAGACCGAGAGGAAGGGCUCCAAGAGAACGCCCCUGGGCUCUGUGCAGCAGCAGGAAGCAGACGUCAAGCUUCCCAGAGCCGGCCGCGAGUCCAAGGUAACCAAACUGAAGCGGCUACGUGAGGUCAAGCUUGGCCCGCUCAAGUCGCGGCUCAAGGCCAUCGCCAGGAAGAAUGCUCCGGUACCUGGCGUGCCCCGACGCAGGAGAGGAAGGCCUCCGUCGGCCGAGCGCCUCAAAGCCCAGGCCGCCGCCGCCCAAGCUUCCGUCUCCGAGGAAACCAAACAGAAGGCUUUCAGGGCCCGUCGGGAGAGGGACACGGGCCCCCGUUCUCCUCAACAGAGGUCUGAGCUCAGGGCGUCUGAGGAGGACGUCGGCCCCGACGUGCACGGUGCCUCGCCGCCCUCCACGCCCCCUGCCUCGGCCUCUCCCUCCAAGCUGGGAAGGCCGCUGGGCCUGAGAACCAGCCCUCGCCACGUCAAGCCCGUGCGGAUCGUCCCGCCCUCGAAGCGCACCGACGCGGCAAUCGCCAAGCAGCUGCUGCAGCGCGCCAAGAAAGGGGCUCAGAAAAAGAAACUGCUGGAGAAGGAGGCGGUGGCCAUCGGUGGCCCGGGGGCGGUGGGUGUGGAGGCGGGCAUCCGGAGGAGACGGAGGACACAGCUGAAGAACAUCAGGCAGUUCAUAAUGCCUGUGGUCAGCACCGUCUCACUGCGCAUCAUCAAAACCCCCAAGCGCUUCAUCGAGGAUGAGGGCAGCUUCGGCGCCCCGCCCCCUCACAUGAAGAUGGCGCGGUUGGACACCCCCCCGCCUGCUCCUGCAGCCACCCAGCCUGCCUCGGCAGCCUCCUCCCCCAUGCGGGCAUCCACAGCCGCUGUCUCAGCUACUGCCGCGGCUUCGGCCGACGCCCUGCCGCCGCCGCCGCCCCCGGCCCCCGUCACCCCCGGGGGCGCCACGGCCACGUCGGCCAGCCUUCUCAGCAACAACCGCGCUAGCAACGGCCGCUUCAGCAGCAGCGCUGCCUCGUGUGGCUCCAGCGCCGUGUCCCAGCACUCCUCGCAGCUCUCGUCGGGCGAGUCCUCCCGCUCCAGUAGCCCCAGCCUGGACGACUCGUCCUGCGACUCCCAGGCUUCGGAGGGCACGCAGGCCCUGUCGGAGCCCGAGGACGAGCGUGACGACGAGCGCGACCACUCCCCCUCCUCUCAGGGAGACAGGGAGGGGGGCAUGCUGUACUCUUCCAGGCCCCCGUCACCGCUGUCGGAGACAGAGCCAGAGCACGUGGUGCUAAUGAAGAGAGGGCGUGGAGGUCGGAGGGGGCAGGGCAUGAGAAGGGGCGGUCUGGGGGUCAGGGGCCGAGGAGGCCUGGCCGCCGGAGGGAAGAAGGCCAUCAUCAGCCCGGCCACGGGAGUGCUAAUGUCAAACUCCACCCUGGCUGGAUCUCAACAGGCCUCCUCCACCGCCUCCUCGUCCUCCUCCCCUCCGCCUCCCCCGCUCCUCAGCCCCCCACAACAGGCCCAGUCGGGCUCCAACACCGGGGAGCAUCACGGCCACUCCCCCUGGAUCCUGCCCCACACGAUCACCCCGUUCCUGCAGGGCCCGUCGCCGGUGCUGUCAAACGUGCCGGACAAGCGCCGGUCCAUCCUGAGAGAGCCCACCUUCCGCUGGACGUCUCUGUCACGCACCGAGCAGCAAUACUUCUCCUCCGCCAAGUACGCCAAGGAGGGCCUCAUCCGCAAGCCCGUCUUCGACAACUUCCGCCCUCCGCCUCUCACGGCCCAAGACGUGGGCUUAAUGCCCCAUGGAGCUGGAGGGGUCGCCCCGGCGGGUUACCCCGCGGCAGGCGGCGGGGGCGGCGGGUCGGGGGCAGGUACUUGUCUGUUCUCGCCACUCCAUCACCACCACCCGCAGCACCACUCUUCCCGCUUUGAGACGCCCCUGCAGAAGCGAAGCCCCCUGCUGCGCGCCCCGCGCUUCACUCCCAGCGAGGCGCACUCGCGCAUCUUCGAGUCGGUCACACUGCAGUCCUCGUCAGGCAGUAGCCCGGGCUCGCUGUCGCCCCUCCAGUCCUCCCCGAAGUCGGGCCGGUCACUGAGGCGCAGGAGGAGGCGCACGCCGGGGCCUCUGCGCGGUCAUCCCCGCUCCCCCUCGCACUCCAUGACCACACGGAGCAGCCAGCCAGGCGUGCCUCAGGGGAAAGGCUCCUCUGAAGCACCUGUCCCGACGGGCUCGGCCUCCGCCAGCAGCACCAGUAACUCGUCCAGCUCUCUGCCUGGGGUGUCGGUCAGCUCUCUGUCCACUAGUGCCUUAACUCCCGCUCCUUUCAGCACCUUCACACCCGGCGCCCUUGGGCUCCCCACCCACGGGCCUUCCCCCGACGGACGCAGGGCGGCCGGGAACGUGGGUGGCAGCUCCGCCUCCUCGUCCUCCUCUUCCCAACGCUUCCCUCUGUUGGCUUCCAGCCCCCAGGAGCCUGGCCGUAGUGCCGGGAAAGCUGGGAGGGAUAGGAUGGCCCCUGCUUCCCAGGACCCCGCUCCCAUCAAGGAAAAAGAACGGGAGACGGAGAAAAGCAGAGAGCGUGAGAAGGAGAACAAAAGGGAAGGGCGGAAGGAUUGGGAGAGGAGGGGGAAGGUGUCCACUCCGGACGCGUCUCCCAAUACGACCCCCAGCCUGUUUGCUGUGGAGAGGAGGGACGGUGAGGAGGCUCUGGCCUCUCUCGCUCCUAAAAAGACACCCGGGAGGAAGAAGUCUGUGUCGGUGGACUCGGGCGCCGAAAAUGCUCCUGCUGACAGGCCUUCAGUUCAGUCUUCUACGUCCCCAAUCCUGACCAAGAGCCGUCUGUCCAAAAAGGGCCGGCCCUUGGAGAGGGGAUCAGAGGCUGAGCUCGCGGAGAAGGAGAAGACGAGUGCCGCCGCUCCACAGACGGGCGUUCCGUCGGGGCAGACGGGCAACAGGCAGGCCCCAGCGGCCCCGUCCCUGGGCUCCAUGCUGGCACAAGCCGAGAAGCAGCCCGUGGCUGACAAGCGAGUGGUGGGCCUGCUGAAGAAGGCCAAAGCACAGCUGUUCAAGAUUGAGAAGAGCAAGUCACUCAAGUCUCCGGACCAGCCUAAAGUUCAGCAGAGCCAAGAGAGUGACUCGUCAGAGACGUCGGUCCGCGGGCCACGCAUCAAACACGUUUGUCGCCGCGCCGCCGUGGCCCUGGGCCGCAACCGUGCCGUGUUCCCAGACGACAUGCCCACUCUCAGUGCCUUGCCGUGGGAGGAAAGAGAAAAGAUUCUGUCUUCCAUGGGGAACGAUGACAAAUCAUCGGUAGCGGGCUCGGAAGAGGCGGAGCCCCAGUCCCCGCCCAUCAAGCCGGUUGCCAGGCACACCAAGACCAUUCAGGAGGGAGGGACAGCACCCAGGAAGGGCCGGCGGUCGCGGCGCUGCGGGCAGUGUCCCGGCUGCCAGGUCCCUGAGGACUGCGGCGUCUGCACCAACUGCCUGGACAAGCCCAAGUUUGGAGGCCGCAAUAUCAAGAAGCAGUGCUGCAAGGUCCGAAAGUGUCAGAACUUGCAGUGGAUGCCGUCCAAGAUGUUUCUCCAGAAGACGGCGAAAGGCAAGAAAGACAAAAAGAAGAACAAGGGUCCAACAAGCUCGGAGUCCAGUGUCAAACCGAGCCCGCCCCCUUUGAAGGAGGAGCCCCCUCGCAAAAAGAGCGAAACGCCACCCCCGAGGACAGUCGAGGAGAAACAAAAACAGCUGCUGCCACAGACCCUUCCGUCGGAAGACCCCACCCUCGCAAACGACCAGCUCCCAGAAGCCCCUGGUUGUGUCCUCGUCCCUGGGCAAGACUCCGCUCCGCCCGCAAACACGUCCACUGGGUCGGCCAGUAGGAAGGAGCGCAAACCACCGCAGCCCGCCCCCCCAUCUUCCUCGUCCUCCUCGUCCCAGUGUGUGUCCUCCCCACCCCAAUCCCAGCAGCCCUUGCAGCAGCCCUCACAGGGGCUCCUGCUCACGGAGACCAGGAAGAAGCCGCCGCAGCAGAUCUUGGCCACGGCCAUUAGCGCUGCAGCGCCUGAAGGGAAACACGUGAAGAAGCAGACUUCUCGCACUGUCCUGGCACCAUCUAAAUCCAAACCAAAAGACAAGCAUGAGAAACCGCUGGCCACCAAACCUGAGAGCAGUACUUUAAACUUGCUGAGCACUCCCUCGACUGGGGGCACUGCCACGCAGAAAGCGCCCUGCGACGGAGUGCACAGAAUCAGAGUGGAUUUCAAGAAGGACCAUGAUGUGGAGAAUGUGUGGGCCACCGGAGGCCUUAGCGUCCUCACGUCGGUGCCGAUCGCUCCGCGGGUCGUCUGCUUCCUCUGUGCCAGCAGUGGCAAUGUUGAGUUUGUCUUCUGUCAGGUGUGCUGCGAGCCCUUCCAUCUUUUCUGCCUGGGUGAGACGGAGCGCCCCCUGGAGGAGCAGUGGGAGAACUGGUGUUGUCGCCGCUGCCGCUUCUGUCAGACCUGUGGACGCCAGCACCAUACAACUAAACAGCCGCUGCUUGAGUGUGACAAGUGCCGAAACAGCUAUCACCCCGAGUGCCUCGGACCCAGCCAUCCCAACAGACCCAGCAAGAAGAAACGAGUAUGGAUAUGCACCAAGUGUGUCCGCUGUAACAGUUGUGGGGCCACGAAACCCGGAAAGGCCUGGGACGCACAGUGGUCACAUGACUUCUCCCUCUGUCACGACUGUGCCAAACUCUUUGCUAAAGGUAAUUUCUGCCCCCUUUGCGAUAAAUGCUACGACGACGAUGACUAUGAGAGCAAGAUGAUGCAGUGUGGCCGAUGUGAACACUGGGUCCAUGCCAGGUGUGAAGACCUCACUGACGAUAUGUACGAGCUGCUGUCCAGUCUCCCGGAGAGCGUGGCCUACACCUGCACCCUGUGCACCGAGCGCCAGCCGGCCGAGUGGAGGACGGCCCUGGAGAAGGAGCUCCAGGGCUCCGUGCGCCAGGUCCUCACCGCCCUCCUCAACUCCCGCACCUCCACACACCUGCUCCGCUACAGACAGGCUGUGAUGAAGCCGCCUGAGUUGAACCCCGAGACGGAGGAAAGCUUACCCUCACGCCGCUCCCCCGAGGGGCCAGACCCCCCUGUCCUGACCGAGGUCAAGCCUCCGAACGACUCCCCCCUUGACCUGGAGUCAGUAGAGAAGAAGAUGGACGCCGGUCGGUACAAGUCUGUGCUGGAGUUCAGUGACGACAUGGUGAAGAUCAUCCAGACAGCCAUGAACUCAGACGGAGGGCAGCCAGAGAGCAGAAAGGCCAAUAGCAUGGUCAAGUCCUUCUUCAUCCGGCAAAUGGAGCGCGUGUUUCCCUGGUUCAAAGUCAAGGAGUCCAGGUUCUGGGAAACCCACAAGGUCUCCAGCAGCGGUGGACUCCUCCCCAACGCCGUGCUGCCCCCCUCCCUGGACCACAACUACGCCCAGUGGCAGAAGCGUGAGGAGAUCGCCCGUGCCGAACAGCCCCUGCUCAUGAAGAAAAUCAUCCCAGCCCCUCGGCCCAAGAUCCCAGGGGAGCCUGACUCCCCCACCUCCCUCCCUCCGCCUUCCCCUCUACUUCCUCCGCCACCCCUUCUGCUCCAUGACUUGAGCCGUGAGGACAGCCCCGAGCUGCUCCCGCCACCCGGCGUCAACGACAACCGCCAGUGUGUGCUGUGUCUCAAGUACGGCGACGAGAACACCAACGAGGGCGGACGGCUGCUGUACAUCGGCCAGAACGACUGGACCCAUGUCAACUGUGCCCUGUGGUCGGCAGAGGUGUUUGAGGAUGAUGACGGCGCCCUGAAAAACGUCCACAUGGCUGUGAUCCGGGGCAAACAGUUGCGCUGUGAGAACUGCCAGCGACCCGGGGCCACAGUGGGCUGCUGCCUGACCUCCUGCACAAGCAACUACCACUUCAUGUGCGCCCGGCAGAGGCACUGUGUCUUCCUGGAGGACAAGAAGGUCUACUGCCAACGCCACCGGGACCUCAUCAAAGGGGAGGUGGUGUCUGAGUCCGGCUUCGAGGUGUCCAGGAGGGUGCUCGUGGACCUGGAGGGGAUCAGCCUACGGAGGAAGUUUUUGACCGGCCUUGAGCCCGAUAACAUCCACAUGAUGAUAGGCUCAAUGACUAUCGACUGCCUUGGAAUACUGACCGAGCUCUCGGAUUGCAAGCACAAACUCUACCCCAUCGGCUACCAGUGUUCAAGGGUUUACUGGAGCACACUAGAUGCCCGCAAGCGCUGUGUCUACACCUGCCGGAUCCUGGUGUGCCGCCCCACUGGGGUAGAACCAGACACGAAGAGCGCUCUUCCAGAGGAGAACCGUACCAUCUCCCACAGUCCUCCUCCGUCCUCAGACAAAGUCCUGUCCCCGGCGCUGGAUCCGUUUGACUCCCCGACACCUUCGGACCGCCUGUCCCUGCUUCCCUCCAGUCCCAAGCCUCCCAAGGUAUACACGAGGAACCGGCACCCCAGCUACCCUCCGUGCCAGCGCUCCCCUCCGUGCCAGCGCUCCCCUCCGUGCCAGCGCUCCCCUCCGUGCCAGCGCUCCCCGGGCUCCAGGCCACUCCCAUCUCCAGGCGGCUCCUCCCAGUCCUCCCAUGAGGUGGUGACCGUGGGGGACCCCCUUCUGAACUCUGGCCUGAGGAGCAUCGGCUUGCGGCGCCACAGCACCUCCUCUAUCUCUCCCCAGCCCCGUCCUAAGGUAGUCUCGCCUCCACAGGCCGGGUCAGCAGCCGCCACGAACCAGCUGGCCCUGCUCUCUUCCGCCACCCCUACGCCGCCCCUCUCCUCUGCCUCUAGAGAUCUGGCCCUGAGGGACACUGAGCAGGGAAGGCCCCCUGCCAGUGUUCGAACCCAGAGCCGAUGGACUAGCUCUCUCAGCCCUCAACACAGCCGACACCACCACAGUGUCUCUGAGAAGAAGAUGGACAGUGGUAAAGAAGGAACGCCUGGGAAGCCGGCGGCGGGAGAGAACUCCAAACUUGCCCCAGUGUCCCCGGGGAUGGCAGGAGCGAGUCAGUCCUCCCCACAGCCAGGUACCGCUGUCCUGACUGGACACCAGAGGGGCAGCGGCUCCCAGUUGGAGAAGGGGAAACAGGCUGUGAAGGACCCUGACCUUUCAGCUGGCAUCACUCUCCUGUCCCGGCACCGUGUCACCACCACGCUGUCCAAGGAUCGAACUAAUAGCAGCACAGCCAAGGAGGGCAGCGUGGCCUCUGUGCCGGUCUUUAAAGACUCUGGUAAAUCGGGGUCUCCCCAGCCCCCGUUCCUCAAAAGUAGUGGGAGGAAGUCCCAAGACUAUCUGUCUGGGCCAGUCCCCGCUGCUGCCAUGAAGCCCCUGUGGUCUUCGGGGGCCUCCGCCGAGGAGGACAUAAUUAAACGGGGCUCCCAAGCCACCCCAGCAGUCCCCUCCAGUCACACUGCCCCCGCUACCAAAGACAAACACUCCAAAGUCCGUAACAUUAGUAGCCGAGAGGCUUCUAAAGAUAGGGAGAAGACUCCCCAGAACAGUAGCAAACAUCCCACGCUCAACAGUAACAACUCUAAAGGCACUGGUGGAAGCGCUCACUGUCAAAUCCCAACCUCUCAGAAUAGCAACAGCAAGCCUGUCGCCACUGGCAACAGCACCAAAGCCUCUGGCAAAGUGGACGGGGAAAAGCUGGAGAAUCAAGGAAGAGAGAGAUCCUCAAAGAACAACGAGCCGUUUUCCAGUCCUGAGAAGACAAACCGCUCUAGCUUGGAGGCCCUCCAGCAGCCCGGGCUAGCCUCUGAGAGAAGCCUAAGGGCGUCGCAGGUUCAAGCAAGAGCGACAGCCAGCGAAGCCGCCGCUGCCAGAGACAAAAAGCGGGCUAUAGUCAAGGCGGCCCUGGCGCCGCUGAAGAGCGACCCCAACGGGACCACAGCAGUAGGCACCUCCUCAGACUCCAACACCACCUCUUCCAUUUGUCCAGCCGGCAAGGUGAGGCCCCCCCACUGCAGGUCCUCCAGCUCGGCACUGUUUUCCUCCCCGUCAGCCAGCUCGGAGAGCUCUGAGUCGGAUAGCCCUCCGCCACACCCGGAGGGCUGCGGGGAGGAGCGCCUGCCCCCUCGCUGCAGAGAGGAUGAGGGGACUAGCGACAGGGACGACCAAGCCCUGCUGGAGGACGAGGGACGAGACGGGGACAAACAGCACGAGGACGACAGCGACGGCUCGGGCUCGGCCAAGCGGCGCUACCCGAGGCGCAGUGCCAGGGCACGCUCUAACAUGUUCUUCGGGCUGACGCCUUUCUAUGGGGUGCGCUCCUACGGCGAGGAGGACAUCCCCUUCUACAGCAGCAGCGGAGACGGGCCCAGCAAGAGGCGGGCAGGGGGGAGCAGGCGCUCUGCCGAAGGCCAGGUGGACGGCGCGGAUGACAUGAGUACCUCCUCCUCGGGGGACAGUGGAGCAGAAGAGGAUGGCAGGAACAAUCAGUGCUCUAAUAAAGAUCCAUAUUAUUACAACUUCACCCGGACCGUCAUCAACCCUGGCCCCGGGCUGCCCUCCAUAGAGGGGAUCGACCAGUGCCUCGGCAGGGGCUCCCAGCUCCAGCGCUUCCUGAAGGACAAUGCGGAGGAGGAGGAGAGGGUUGUUGACGUUGAAGGGGUUCCCUCUCUAAGCCUCCUGGGGCACCAGCAGAUCGGCCAACUGGACGGCGUUGACGACAGCUCAGAGAGCGACGCCAGCGCCAGCACCACGAGCACCACUGCCACGGCCACCGCAGCUUCCUCCUCCCACAAGGGCACAGGGAAGCGGAAGGGCAGGGAGAGGCACGCGGAGAAGCUGGAGCAUGACUCUGGGAAGGAGGGGGACAGUGGCAGCAGUGGGGGUGGCGGGAGUGGCGGGAGUGGCGGUACCGGCGGUAACAGCCGAGAUGGCAGGAAGAGCCAGAAGGACAACUCCCUCCCUCUGGUCGGGGUGAAGUCAUCCCAGGGGCCCGAUCCCCUGGAAGCCCAGCUGUCUCUCAGCACCGACCUGCUGAAGUCGGACUCGGACAACAACAACAGCGACGACUGCGGCAACAUCCUUCCCUCUGACAUCAUGGAGUUUGUCCUCAACACGCCCUCCAUGCAGGCCCUGGGGCAACAGCCGGAGACAGCCUCCUCAGAGUUCCUCUCUCCGGACGAGGGCUAUGGGGUGGAUGUGAACCGCCGCAAAGACAUCCUCUUUGAGGACUUCCCCCAGCCGCUACCCAGCGCUGAACCUGUGGAGAGCGGGGCAAGCACUUCCAUCUCUGUGGAAGAGCCCUACGGCCUACCCCUGGAGUUGCCCUCUGACCUAUCGGUCCUGACCACGCGCAGCCCCACAGUCAACAACCAGAACCACGCCGGGCUUAUCUCGGAGGGCUCGGAGCGCAGCAUGCUGUCAAUGGCAGCCUCGGAAGAGACCGCCACGGAGAAAGGAGGGGAGCACAAGCAGCGGAGGGGCGGGGCCAGCGUGUCCCCGGAGACCCAGCAGGAAGGACCGGGCGGGAGCCAAGAGUCACAAGGGAGAGAAGGUCACAUGACUCCGGAGCAGUUUGAACGCAUCACCAGUCCUGCCAUGGGCCAGGUGGUAGAAACGGGUAACCAGGAUAUGACCAGGAGCUCAGGGACCCCCGGUCUGCCCAGCUCCCCCACCCUGCCUCUCCAGGGACAGACAUACAUACCUGCUGCAGCUUCAGCCAGCCCCGGACCCUCGCAGAUGGCCAGCACGACUGUGCAGACCGCCUCUCAUUUAAAACCAGGCCCUGAUAAGCUCAUAGUGGUCAACCAGCAUCUGCAGCCCCUCUACGUCCUACAGACUCUUUCCAAUGGUGUCACUCAGAAGAUCCAGAUUGCCCCGUCGGUCAGCACCACAGGACUCACCCCCGGGAUUACUACCUCCCAGACAAUCUUUCCAGCUGGGGGAAAAGUUUUGGGCACUAUGCCCCAUCACCCUCAGAUACACGCCUUCACCAGCACCACUCAGACCGGCUUCCAGUCCGGCAUUCCCAGCACCACCUCCGGCCUCCUGAUCGGGGUGCCCUCCCAUGAGCCCCAGAUCCUGGUGACGGAGGCCGGGCGGAGGCACGACCUGGCCCCCAAUGUGACCAUUGUGUCAAGCACGUCCUCCAUCUCGACGUCGUCGGCAGCCCUCGCUUCUGGGCACGGCAAAAAGCGACCCAUCUCCCGUCUUCAGCCGCGGAAAACCAAGAAACUGGCCCGCUCCAGGAGCCAGCCCACCCUGGCCCCGUCUGAAGUGGGAACCAACAUGACUCUGAUCAACCUGUCCUCGCCCCAAAUGUCUCAGUCUGGACUGGUCGAGCUUGGCACCGUGACCACGGCGGCCACCACCACGUCUCACCGUAAAGUCCCUAACAUAAUCAAGAGACCCAAACCAGGAGUCAUGUACUUUGAGCCCACCACGCUGCUGCAGAAGAGGUUGCCUGUCACCAGCGGGCAGCCUGGCAUUCUCGGCCAUGAGUCCGCCCACCUGCUGCCCUGCACCGUCUCAGGGCUCAACACCAACCAGCCAGCCGUGCUGAACGUGGUGUCCAUGGCUCCGCCCAGUCGGCCUGGGGGCCUUAUUGCUCAAGGCUCCGUCUCCCUUGGCAACCCCAUGCUUAGUUCCACUGAGAUCACAGGACCCAUCAGCAGCCUUCUCUUCAAGGCCGGUCCGCACAACCUGAGCCUUCCAGACCAACAGAUGGUCCUCCACCCGGGAGCCCCUCUGAUGUCUCAGCUGGCUGGCCCCGUUCAGACCUCCAUCGCCAGCAGCAUUUGCGUGCUUCCCUCCCAUCCGACCAUCAGCAUGUCCGUCAGCCAACCAGUGGACCCAGAGGGCGGCGCCUUCCAACUGCAGCGGAGUCCAGUUGGCCGCAUGUUGACAGACAAGGCCGCCCCCCUCGAGGCCAGCCCAAACGCCCCCAGGCCACCUGUGGCUCUGGCCCCCAGCACAGUCCCACAGGACUCUGGUAGUGGACCGCUUGUCGGGCUGCUGACCCAGAGCUCCCACUCUCAAAGCUCACGGACCGUGCCUAUAUCCAGGUCCUCCUCGGAGCAGUCUGCUGCAGCAGCAACAUCAUCUGCCGGCGUGGGGAAAGGCAAGCAGAAAGUGAAGCGGAGUAGGCAGAGUCCGGACAAGGCCAGCGGAAAGAAGCACAAGGGCUGGCAGACAGAGCAGAGGGAUCAGGGGCCCUCCACGCCGGGGUCUAGAGAGCCAGUCUCCCCCGAACCCAUGGACACAGGCAAAUCCGGUGACAGGAGCACCAACAAGAGAUCUGGCGAACCUCCCGCACUAACGAGAAAAAGCGGCGAGCUCGCUGAGGAGAAAUACAAGACCAACCCCGGGUCUCUGGUGGUGGCCAACCCCGACCAGGAGGCUGGCCACAGGGAGUCCUCGCUGGACAGCAAACCCAAGAAAGGACUCAUCUUUGAAAUUUGCAGCGACGACGGCUUCCAGAUCCGCUGUGAGAGUAUUGAAGAGGCCUGGAAGUCCCUCACCGAUAAAGUCCAGGAGGCCCGCUCCAAUGCCAGACUCAAAGAGCUCUCAUUUGAAGGAGUGAACGGCCUCCGGAUGCUCGGUGUCCUCCAUGACGCUGUGGUCUACCUCCUGGAGCAGCUGUGCGGCUCCAGACACUGUCGUAACUACCGCUUCCGCUUCCACAAACCAGAGGAGGCGGAGGAGCCCCCGAUCAACCCCCACGGCUCGGCCCGUGCUGAGCUCCACCACAGGAGGUCUGUGUUUGACAUGUUCAACUUCCUGGCCUCCAAGCACCGCCAGCCUCCUGAGUACAACCCCCACGAGGAGGACGAGGAGGAGGUACGCCUCAAGUCGGCUCGCCGCGCCACCAGCAUGGACCUGCCCAUGGCUAUGAGGUUCCGCCACCUGAUCAGAACAUCCAAAGAGGCCGUGGGGGUCUACAGGUCAGCCAUACAUGGCCGAGGUCUGUUCUGCAAGAGGAACAUUGAUGGGGGUGAGAUGGUUAUCGAGUACUCCGGCAACGUUAUUCGUUCGGUCCUCACCGACAAGCGGGAGAAAUACUACGAUAGCAAGGGCGUUGGCUGCUACAUGUUCCGCAUCGACGACUACCAGGUGGUGGACGCCACCGUGCACGGCAACGCUGCCCGCUUCAUUAACCACUCGUGCGAGCCCAACUGUUACUCGCGUGUCAUCAGUGUGGAAGGCCAGAAGCAUAUCGUCAUCUUCGCCAUGCGCAAGAUCUACCGCGGCGAGGAGCUCACCUAUGACUACAAGUUCCCCAUCGAGGAGCCGGGCAAUAAGCUUCCGUGCAACUGCGGAGCCAAGAAAUGCCGCAAGUUCCUAAACUAGACGCCGCACCGCCAUGUGGCGUGUGGUUCUUCUAGCACUUUGGCGAAGCAGGGCCCACCAUGCACUGCCUAGUUUAAGACCAUAGUGACGCUUCCAGUACCUUCCUCUCUGGUUUUCAGCAGGCAGAGGGUGGGAUACAGGCUGAGGUAUAAAUGGGCAGGUCUCUGUUUUUUGGAAGGGACAUUUCUGAAAGAGAACACGUUGUUAUUGUGCCUCUUCGGUUCUUUAGUUUUCUUUUGAAUCGGAUGGAUUUAGACCGUUAGAAGUGAGAGGAAAUGGUAACUGUCUAAAGGGGGGAAGUUUCAUUCUGGAUUUUAAUAUCACCUCACCUUAUUUUUAUAGAGUUGAUAUCUGAAGUCUGUGAGCAUAGAAUCCAUUCAUUAUGUUCAGAGAAAAAGAAAAUAAUUGCCACCUGGUUAGAGUUCCAUUUUACACACCAAAGUGCAAUUUGGGGAAGGGAAGUUUCUCCGCAUUUUAGACGAAAGAAUGAGGACGUAAUAUAAUUGAUUAGAGGACACUUUUCUCUUGGCCUCAUUUGUUAAUACACAUCUUCCGGUUGGAAUGUGCAUUGUUUGCAGCGUUCAGAGUAUCCAAGGCAAGUGAGGGCUAGGCAACCUCUCCUGGACUGCCACAAGUGUUUCAGAAAUGUUUUCCAACUAGGAUACCACAACUGACCCAGCUAAUCGAUCAGUAAAGGAAUUGUUUAAAUUCCCCCUCCCGAAAAAUGUGACGGUCAGUUUAAACAAACAAAGGAUAGAUGGCCUGCGACACUCUAGGACUAUGGUUGCCUAGGCCUGACAUAAUGCUUUGCUUGGACUACUUUGGAUUUUUUUUUUUUUUACUUUUCGCUGUGUGUUUGAAGCCACUGUAAAUAGUUCUUAUGCCUGUCCAGAGCAACACGUUGCAGGAUGUUAGGAAGUGAAGCACUAGAGGGAGCCGACGUCAAAGUGAUAGAAGGAAAGAAGCCCGUAGAUUCUUUUCCUGUGUUGUCAUUGGUAACGAGUGUACUUCUGCUGAGUUGUUGUCGGACAAAGUAUUGGUUGGUGGUCGUCAGAUAAAGUCCUGGCCGUGACUAGCAAGCUCGGCUGAGAUUCUGGUGGACUGACAGCUGUGGGACGAGGUCUUUUUUUUUAUUUGUUUUUUUGCUAGGUUAAUACUGUUGGUUUUGUAUUGGAAAAUGACAAAGGCAGAGCCUUCGAUUUAUAACACAGGUAUGUGGAAUGUUAUGUCUUUGGAAAUGUUGGUUAGAACAGAGUCUGGAAUUGGGCUUCAGCAAUGAGAACCAAAUUUCAUCCCCUGAAUCAGAUUUUCCCUGAUCCCAUUUGAAGACUGAGAUUGUUCCUAUCUUAGUGUAUUUCAUUGCGUUGAAAUGUUUUUUUUUUGUUUUUUUUACUGAGUUAUUUGAAGUCUUGUCACCCUCUCUUUUGCUUCAGGCAAAGAAAUAUCAUGCUUGCUUUGAAAAAAUGUAUAUAAUAUGUAUAUUUUUCUAUACAAACGACUGAAAAGCACUCACUAGUGAAUAGCACUUAAUGAUGGUAUUUAUAUUUUUUAAAAAUCGUAUUUAUUUUAUUGCCAUUUUUGUAGGAAAUAGAGGUUUACAAACACUAAUGCUUGGUCUCUACAUUUUAUUCGAGCUGCCUUUUUAAAGCCAAUUUUUUUUUCUGUCAUUUUAUUUGUAGCCUGAAUGUUUCUUUUUAAUUCCAAAGACUGAAGCUUUCGUUGUUGCUUCCCGCCAAGCACCAGUCCACCAGUAGCUCUGUUCGCCAAUCUGAGUCAAUCAAGGACAUUUCCAAUGACGGUUAACAGCAUGCUGUUGUUAUUAUAUGCACUUGAGGGUUGCUGAUCUUUUAGAAUAGCUGUCUUCUAUCUCCUUUUUCCAGCCUUAAUUCCACAUGUCACGCAAUCCCUAGGCCGGUCAUUGAGAUCUGGUUUUCUCUGCAAACGUCAUUUGUUCGCGUUAAGCUUUUUUUCGGUGUAUUGCGUUGUAUGUUUGACUUUCUCCCUUCCGUGACUGAAGUUAGCUGUAACAUGGUUAACCCUUAUAGCCAAAUCAGUGCUCCAACAUGCCCCAUAAAUGUGUCCCCCGCUGGGUUCUUCUGUCAGAAGGUGGUGCCUUUAUUGAUAUUGUUAACGUUUAUCUUUUCUUUUUUUUUACUUGACUCCCUUGUUAAGUACCGCAUUUGUUUUUGAGCAAGGGUAGACAACUAGCUUCAUCAGUGGAGGGAUUUUUCUUUUUUUUUUUU